AUGGCUAUGCUGAAGCGAACGGCGCUGAUGAGAUCGCUCGUCAAUGGCUUCGGAGGAUCGAGGUCUUACGCAUCCGUCGCGGUGGGCUCCGACUUGAUAUCGGCCGCGCCGGACGUUUCCCUCCAGAAAGCUCGCUCUUGGGACGAGGGGGUUCAGUCCAAGUUCUCGACCACUGCUUUGAAGGACAUUUUCAAGGAUAAGAAAGUUGUCAUCUUUGGCCUCCCUGGAGCCUACACUGGUGUAUGUUCGGCACAGCACGUUCCCAGUUACAAAAACAAUAUCGAUAAAUUCAAGGCAAAGGGAGUUGAUUCAGUGAUAUGUGUGGCUGUUAAUGAUCCCUAUGUAAUGAAUGGCUGGGCAGAAAAGCUUCAGGCUAAGGAUGCUAUUGAAUUCUACGGAGAUUUUGACGGGAGCUUCCAUAAAAAGCUGGACUUGUCCAUUGAUUUAAGUGCUGCAUUGCUUGGACCUCGUUCUCAUAGGUGGUCGGCUUAUGUGGUCGACGGCAAGAUCAAAGUUCUCAAUGUUGAGGAAGCACCGUCUGAAUUCAAGGUUUCUGGAGGAGACGUUAUUUUAGGACAGAUUUGA